CCAUGUAAAAUGAAGUAGAUAGGUUUGGACACAGAGAGAGAGAGAGAGAGAGAGAAGGAAAGGUAAGGUAGCACACGAAGGAGGCCAAAGCAAAGCAAAGCUCACACUUCUCGUUGGUCCAAAAAUGGGAGAUACAAACAGCAACAACGGUAACAAUACUAAUACCAACAAUAAGAAGCCGGAGUGGCUUCAACAAUACGAUCUGUUGGGUAAGAUCGGAGAGGGCACCUAUGGUCUCGUAUUCUUGGCCAGGAUCAAGUCCUCGACCAAUCGUGGAAAGUCCAUCGCCAUCAAGAAAUUCAAGCAAUCCAAAGACGGCGAUGGCGUCUCUCCCACCGCCAUCCGCGAAAUCAUGUUGCUACGAGAAAUUUCACAUGAGAACGUGGUGAAGCUUGUGAAUGUUCAUAUCAAUCACGUCGACAUGUCGCUCUAUCUCGCUUUCGACUACGCAGAACACGACCUCUAUGAAAUUAUUAGACAUCAUAGGGACAAGGUUAACCAAUCCAUCGGUCAAUACACAGUUAAAUCAUUUCUAUGGCAACUGCUCAAUGGACUAAACUAUCUUCACAGUAAUUGGAUCAUACAUCGAGAUCUAAAGCCUUCAAAUAUCUUGGUUAUGGGUGAAGGAGACGAGCAAGGAGUUGUAAAAAUUGCUGAUUUUGGACUUGCAAGAAUAUACCAAGCUCCCUUGAAGUCAUUAUCUGAUAAUGGGGUCGUGGUAACUAUUUGGUAUCGUGCACCUGAGUUGCUCCUUGGGGCGAAGCACUAUACAAGUGCUGUUGAUAUGUGGGCUGUUGGAUGCAUAUUUGCUGAGCUUUUGACUUUGAAGCCACUUUUUCAAGGUGCAGAAGUCAAGGCCACACCAAAUCCUUUUCAGCUUGAUCAACUUGACAAGAUAUUCAAGGUCUUAGGCCAUCCCACUCUAGAAAAGUGGCCAACUCUUGCAAAUCUUCCACAUUGGCAACAAGAUGUGCAGCAUAUACAAGGGCACAAGUAUGACAAUACUGGACUUAAUACUGUUGUUCAUCUCCCUAUAAAAGGUCCUGCAUAUGACCUCCUAUCUAAGAUGCUCGAAUAUGAUCCUCGAAAGCGUAUAACUGCUGCACAAGCUCUGGAGCACGAGUAUUUUCGAAUUGAACCCCUCCCAGGACGGAAUGCCCUGGUAUCCCCAAAUGGAGACAAAGUUGUGAACUAUCCUACUCGACCAGUGGACAGAAGUACAGAUUUUGAAGGGACGACUAGUCUACAACCUUCACAACCGGUAUCAUCUGGAAAUGCUGUUUCUGGAAGCAUUCCUGGUGCCCAUGGAGGGACAUUGAGAUCUGGCCCUAGGCAGAUGCCAGUAGGUGGCAUGCAAAGGAUGCAACCUCAGGCCAUGCAAGCUUAUAAUAAUCUAGCAUCUCAGCCAGGGAUGGGUAGUGGAAUGAAUCCUGGUGGCAUUCCAAUGCAGCGGGGUCUUCCUAACCAGGGCCAUCAACAGCAACAGGUGAGAAGAAAGGACACUGGAAUGGGGAUGACUGGAUACCCUCCACAGCAGAAAUCAAGGCGCUGAGGUUAUGGAGGCAUAUGGGGAGUGAAAGAUAUAUUUGGUUCAUCAUGCUUGAACUCAUCCGCUACUUGUCAGAAUGUAAAGUUGAGAUGCUUUGCCACCAUUACUUGGAAACCUUAUGCUUCAUUUCACGUCGUCAGAACUUAAAGAUCAAGGAUCACAGAGUUAAUCUUCUCUGUCAGAUGCCUUUCUGCUCUAACCUCGAUUUUGUUACUGCAAGUGCUGAUGGUAUCAUGGGAGGUAAAAGAAGCACCAACUGCACACUAGCCAGAUGGCAUGUAUGUCGCUGUGUACACUAAAUGUAAACUAAAUUACUACACGUUAGUUGUGUACACUAAAUGUGACUAAAUCACUAUAAAUGUUUGUUGUAUUUUUGCCAAUGAGCAAGCUUAAAUACAAUAGCACUCUUGUUUGUAUUGCUGCUAUUAAGCUUGCUUAAGACUAUACAUAGAUCUAGGAUCUUUUUCUUUUUUUCCUGUUAAUUCAUCUUUGAUAACCAUGUAUCCCUUAAUGAGGAUUACUUAAUCCUAUGAUGAAUAUUCAGCAAAAAAAGGAAAAUAAUCCCAUGAAUAAAGUGUGGUUUUCCCCCAAUACAUCAUUACUUUAAGGGGACGUUUGGUUU